AUGGAUACUGCUGACAAGGUUCAUUGCUCGACAGCGACUGCGAACGAUGUCAAUGUAGCCGAUAUACCGAUGCCGAUGCCGAUGCCAAAAGAAACGUCCGAAAUUGGUGUCGGAAAAACGAAUGUCGACCAUCCACCAGGUACUUCUUAUAGACCAGUUAAUAGUGCGGGUGCAAAAGAGGAAGAUAAGAAAAGUGUAGAAGAGGAACAGAAGGAGGCGGACAAAAGUGAACAACAAACGGAGGAAGAUGAAAAAAUGGAAAUUGAUGAGAGUCCGGCAGAAGAGGAAAAGCCGAAAGCCGAUGUUAAGGAGCCUGUUGAGGAAAAGGAGCAGGUGAAGAAGGACGAAGAACCCGCAAAGGAAGAGGAGAAAAAGGAACAGAAAAACGAAGAGAAAUCUAUUGGAGAAACGAAAGAUGAGGAAACUGAAUCAAAUGAAAAAACAACAGAGGAUGUCAAAGAGACGACACCAGUCACCGCAGACGAUGCAAAAGAUAAGGCGGCGGUAUCAUCACCUGAUAACGAUGAUGAACAAACGAUGGAAAUCGCCGAGACUGUAGAGGAAACGAAGGAAGUGGCCGAAGAGAAUGACAAGAAACCAUCAGAGUCACAAACUGAUGAGAAAAAGGAAGAAACAGCUGAAGCAAAGAAAGAAGAGGUACAUUUAGAUCAUUUGUUUUUU